AUGCGAUGUGUUUACGUACUUCUCUUGUGGCCAAUGAAACAUUUGUCGCACAUGAAGCGCUUGGUAGUUGUUGGCAGUGAUUUGAAAUAUUCACACUAUGGAGUUUACAAUCCCGAGUCUGGGAGUCAGUUUCCGCAGAUUGAAGAUGAACAUGAUAUUACAAUGACUAGGAACCAGGUCGGCGAGCCUGGUACAUAUGUCAGGGCUUACUGCUCAUUCAGCCUAAAAGAGAGAAGUAUUGUCGAGAUAAUUACUUCAAGCCUCAAACCUGUGACGGCUAAUUCUCAUCGAGGUUUUGGCGUUACUCAUCAGGCAGAAAUGGAUUGCCUGAAGAAAAUUAAUGAAGUGCUCACAACGCACGCCGACGAAUCACCCCUAUCCCUCCGGGAAAUACAGGGAAAUAGGCAAUGCCCGGAUGGCGUAAUAGCCAGUCUGGCCUUUCAGGACCUUCUGUCCAUUGUCGGAGAAUAUCGCUACUUUUCUCCCUUGGGUCGCGGCGAGGGUAUCAAGGUAAAUGCUGAUGCGCCGCUAGUAAUGGCAAGUGUGAUAUCGCCCGACCGAUUCGUUGGAGAAGAGAAGCGCAAAACCGAACAGACUGCACUCGCCUGGUACGUCGGUCAUCUAUUCGUCUUUGAGCGCCAUGAGACGCUGUGGCGGCCCAAGACGAAGGUCGGAGAGCAAGUGUGGCAGGGACGCGACCUCGAAAUGAAACUGCUCAAUCGCUUCGAUCAGCCUCAACGGUUCAAGAAAUUCGUCGACACGAUCCGUGCUCAGGUGGAAAUGUCAGGUCUAUGUAAUUUGCUGCACACGUGUGACUUUCGUAAAGUUGCUGGUAUUAAGAUGGCCACAUUCGCUGCUCUUCCAGUUAUCGACUUAGGAAUGCUUCCAGCUAUUACGCCUGAUGGUGCCCUGGGCUAG